CGGCGUUUCUAAUAUCCUUACCCCGUGAAAUCACAGCCCUCCACGUGGCAAGAUCCCAGCGGGUCCCCACCACUGGGCCCCACAAUCCGAGCCGUUAAAAGCCCCCCUUCCGAUCAGCAAAAAAUUCGGAAGCCGCUCCACGCCAAUCGAUAGCCGGUUCCUCCUCUCUCUGAGCCCCGGAUUUUAUCUCCCCCUUCUACAUAAUCGGCGAUUUUUAGGCCCACUCCUCCAUAAAAACUCGCUUCUCCUUUGCUCUCUUUCUACGCUCUGUAAAGGAUCUUUUAUAUGUUAUUGGCGGUUGAUUGAUUCUCUUUGGAGAGAGAGAGAGAGAGUUUUGAGGGUGUUGGUUUGAUCACUAUGUCGGGGCCGCUUGAUCGAUUUGCCAGGCCAUGCUUUGAGGGCUUCUCCAGCCAUGAUGAGAAAAGAGAAAGGAAAUCAGAUUUUGAGAAUUCAGAAGAUGAGAGGAGGACAAGAAUUGGGUCUUUGAAAAAGAAAGCAAUCAAUGCAUCGACAAAAUUUAGACACUCUUUGAAGAAGAAGGGUCGGAGAAAGAGUGACAGUAGAGUCCUCUCUGUUUCAAUUGAAGAUGUGCGGGAUGUUGAGGAGCUGCAGGCCGUUGAUGCUUUCCGCCAAACGUUGUUAUUGGAUGAAUUGCUUCCCUCAAGACAUGAUGAUUAUCACAUAAUGUUGAGAUUCUUGAAAGCAAGGAAAUUCGAUAUUGAAAAAACAAAGACCAUGUGGUCCGAAAUGCUUCAAUGGAGGAAGGAAUUUGGUGCAGACACGAUUUUAGAGGAUUUUGAAUUUAAGGAAGUGGAGGAGGUUGUAAAGUACUACCCCCAGGGUCAUCAUGGUGUGGACAAGGAGGGAAGACCUGUUUAUAUUGAAAGAUUGGGAAAAGUUGAUCCUAACAAACUCAUGCAAGUGACAACCAUGGAAAGGUACAUAAUGUACCAUGUACAAGAGUUUGAGAAGAACUUUGCCAUAAAAUUUCCAGCUUGUUCCAUUGCUGCAAAACGGCACAUCGACUCGAGUACAACGAUUCUAGAUGUACAUGGUGUGGGUUUUAAGAAUUUUAACAAGGCUGCUCGUGAUCUCAUCAUGCGGCUGCAGAAGAUUGAUGGUGAUAACUACCCUGAGACUUUGUGUAGAAUGUUCAUCAUCAAUGCCGGCUCUGGAUUCAGACUGCUAUGGAACACCAUAAAGUCUUUCCUUGAUCCCAAAACAUCCUCAAAGAUUCAUGUUCUUGGGAACAAGUACCAGAGUAAGUUGCUUGAGAUAAUCGAUGCCAGUGAACUGCCGGAGUUCUUGGGUGGUACUUGUACUUGUGCAGAUCAAGGAGGUUGCAUGAGGUCUGAUAAAGGUCCAUGGAGAGAUCCAACCAUAUUGAAGCUGGUUCAAAAUGGUCAAUAUAGAUGUGCCAGGCAAAUUGUGACUGUUUCAAACAGUGAUGGAAAAACCAUUGCUUAUGCUAGGCCAUAUUACCCGACGAUAAAGGGGGGUGAUACGUCUACUGCUGAGUCAGGGUCAGAAGCUGAAGACAUUGCUUCACCAAAAGCUAUGAGGAGCUACACGUCAUCACACCUUCGAUUGACUCCAGUUCGUGAAGAAGCUAAAAUAGGUAUCAAGGCAAACUAUGUUGACGGAAAUCCUGAAUAUGACGAAUAUGUACCCAUGGUGGACAAAGCUGUAGAUGCUGGUUGGAAAAAGGAGGUUUCUUACCCAAAGUUAGCCAUUCCCAAAGGCAUGCCACCUGAGUUUGAUGAAUGCAAGGCCCCAAUGAGCAUCAGCUCCCGUAUGUUUGCGAGCAUCAUUGCUUUCCUCGUGACCCUAUUUGCUCUCUUCUGCUCCUUCACACAUGGGUUGCUGCUCUCAACCAAAGAGAAGCUGCCUCUGCCACUAGCACUGGAAGGUAGUGGCAGACCUGAACAACACGAGUACUAUGAUCCCGUGUUCAGUCCAGAGCCUGAGCCCACCACUGAGGAAUUGAGGAGCCAUCCGUCCCCUAUGCCUGAGUUCACGCAGAGGGACCUUUUGUCCAAUGUUCUAAAGAGGUUGGGAGAGUUGGAGGAGAAGGUGGACACUUUGAGGGACAAGCCAUCUCAGAUGCCCUGUGAGAAGGAGGAGCUCCUCAAUGCUGCCGUCUGCCGUGUUGAUGCAUUGGAGGCUGAGCUCAUUGCCACUAAGAAGGCAUUGCAUGAAGCUUUGAUGAAACAAGAAGAGUUGCUUGCAUACAUCGAUAGUCAACAAGAAGCUAAAUUCCGGAAGAGGAGGUUCUGCUGGUGAGAGAAUUGAGGUUGUUAAUUCUGUUUCUAUACCCCGACCAACUUUCACUUGUAAUUUGUGCAUCUUGGAAAUAAAUCAGUUUGAGAAAUGUAAUUUUUUACAUAGAAAUUUCAAUGUGAUUACUCACGGAAAAGGGAUCUUCACAAAAUUUGUGCUCGGUUUGUUACUCACAUUUUUGCUUGUUCUUUUGGAUUUGAUGUGGAAUAUCAAAGAUUUUAUUUAUUUGUUUAUUUA